CCCAUUUUCCCCUAGAAUUUCUGAUUUAAAUUUAGGCUUAAUUAAUUACAUUGAUUAAAUAAACUCAAGUUUCUAUUUUGAUUUAUUUCGUGACUUCUUUAAUUACAUUGGAAAUGUAUAUUCAGUUACAAGUUUUGAGCAUUUUGUUUUGAUCAUUUUGAGAGUUUACAUCAAGGAGCACAAGUACAUGUUGACCUUUAAAGAAGUGGAUAUCUUUAUAAAAAUACAUAGUUAAAGUGGCAAUGUCGCAGCUGUUGCAGGGGGCGUGGCGGAGUGUGCUGCGGAGCACCUCCGUCAGUGUCCGGAGUCUUUCAGCCGGUAUAGACCUUUCCCAACCUCCGAAGCCCACUGACGCAGUCAUGACGACCCUCAAGACAGCUCCGUCCCCGGCGGCGGUGCUGGCGGCCGUGCAGCGACACCUGCCCGCCCUGGACCAGACGCACAUGCUGCAGGCGCUAAGGACGCUCUUCGAACUUAGUCGACAUAGCAGGUACAGUUUGGUUCACUCGAUAGACAGCCUCACCAAAGACCCGGCGUUCAGCACGCUCUGCCAGAACUUCAGGAAACACGCACGUUCCCUCGACGUCAACGAAGCAAUAGAAGCAACCAAAGUCCUCAUCUUCCUACAACUACCAGUCGACUCCUUAAUCCUACAGACACUUCUACAAAUCAUCAGAUGCAACAUCAACUACAUAAACCUCAGACAAGUUAUCUUCUUAGACUUCCUUCUAUCCAGAUACGAUUCUAAGAACCAUCUAGUUGAUGCGUUAAAACUGGCACUACCGCUAGUCUUCCAAAUCCACUUGCCUCUAGAAUUGGACCACGAAGACCUUCCGUUGCUCAAGGAUAUGCUCGCUUACUGCACCAGGCACGACUUGCCAGAUAGGUGUAUAAACAACAUAGUCACUGGUUUGCUCUUACACGACCAGACCAUAGACGCAAAGACUGCUAAACUCAUCGUCUGGUCGCUAUGUGAGGUGAACUGCACAGAAGAGAGGUUUCCGACCAGAGUCCAGUUACUCCACAUCUGCUAUGACAUUCUAGCGCAGUCGAUAGACCAGUUGACGUACGACGAGGUGUUGAAGACGGCGGCGAAGAUCAAAGGCAGGAUUCUGGAGAAGCACAGCGAGUACUAUCACGCCGGGGUGAUGGAUGCGUUCGCUAGUUACGUGGUGAGCCAGGACGUGGAGUUUGAGAAGGGCAUGCUGAUAGCAAGGAUCUUGUCCAGGAUUGCGCACACAAACUUAACCCUACUAGAGUACCUCUGCACAAUAGCAGCCAUGAAUCCAGCCUGCCUCGCGCGCGCUCAACCAAAUAUCCUGUUCGGCUUCAUCAACUGCCUAUCCAACUCCAACUACACCCCAGAACCUUCCAUCUGGACCGAGCUGCGGGACCAGAUCUCCAAAAACCCCGUCUUAGAGGGCAAAAACCCCGCAUUACCUUGGACGAAGGUCUGUUUGGAAAUGGCGUCGUUAGGGCUGUAUGAAGACAGGUUGUUGAAGAGAGUGUUGUCGCAAGAGUUUCUGGACGAAUACUUGGGGAGGGAGAACAAUCAGCUGGAUUAUUUGCAGCUGUUGAUGUUGCAUGAGGCGGUCAAAGCGUUCCAUGAUAAGAGCUACUCCCUCCCCGCGCCCAUCCUGCAAGCAGCUCGCGCCCGCUACCCGCUGCACCCGCUGACGUCACAGCUAGCGGCGGCGCUGGCGGCCGCGCUGGGCCCGAGCAGCGUGGCCAGCUGCGUCGCGCUGCCCAGCGGUGUUGUUGCUGAUGUGGUCACGUGCCUGAAGGCCGGGAGACCGGUGGAGUUGCCUCAGAACUUGGAAGACAGGACGCCGAUAGAGAAACUCAACCUACCUGAGGACAGUCUCAUCGUCUGCAUAAUGAACUUCAACCAGGGCUGCUACUCGGUCAACAGCCGCCGCCUGCGAGGGUCCUUCCGCCUGGUCCUAGACAUCCUGGAGGCACAAGGAUAUGCGGCUAUAGGCCUCAAUGUGAACGACUGGCUGGCUGCCCCUGAGCACGAGAGGACGCCAUACUUGCUGCGAGAAGUUAGCUACAAGUGUGGGGAAAGGGGGGUGAAGUUGUGUGCCACUUGAGAGGGGGGAGGGAAG